GGUUUUUAAGCGCGCAUGUCGGUGACGUCAUCGUAUUCCGAGCAUGCCUACAAAGGUCGAAAAUAAACAAAGACCCAGAAAAAAGAGCCUUGUGUUAUUUCGGUCCAGUUUGAAUUCUAGUCCGCGUUUACCGUCCGAGCGACCAUGGAAAACGUGUUCUCGUGUCGAGCAAGUGUUUAUUUAGACCAAGGAGGCAGGAAAUACAUGGAGGAUUUUGUUCAGAUUAAACAAGACGAUGAGCCGAGUGAGGACGAGCUGAACGCCGCCGCCGCCGAGACGGAAGUGCAGAACACCGGCGAUCAUCUUGAACAUUCGCCCGCGGAGCGAACAGAGGGGUCGCAACUGUGUCCGUCAGGUCCGUCAGGUGUUCCGGCUCUGGAGAGCGAUGAAGCCGGUCACGGUGCUCUGACACACAGCCGUCGGUCCCGGGCUGUGGCUUUCUACGCGGUGUUCGAUGGGCACGGCGGCCCCGACGCAGCGCGGUAUGCACAGACUCAUCUCUGGGAUCUGAUCAAAAAACAAAGAGGCUUCUGGUCCACAGACGACGAAGAGGUUUGCGCAGCCAUACGGAAAGGAUUCGUCGCCUGCCACCACGCUAUGUGGAAGAAACUGCCUGAAUGGCCGAGGACAGCGACCGGCCUCCCCAGCACAUCUGGAACAACUGCAAGCGUUGUUGUGAUUCGCCGUGAUCGUGUGUAUGUGGCCCACGUUGGAGACUCGGCGGUGGUUUUAGGGGUGCAGGACAGUCCCACUGAUGAGGUGCUUCGUGCAGAAGAAAUAACACAGGAUCACAAACCUGAGCUACCAAAAGAGAGGAAAAGAAUCGAGGGCUUGGGAGGGAGUGUGAUUAAAAAAUCUGGGGUGAAUCGAGUGGUGUGGAAGAGACCCAGGCUAACGCACAAUGGGCCAGUCAGAAGAAGCACAGUCAUUGAUCAGAUUCCUUUCCUCGCUGUAGCUCGAGCUUUAGGUGAUCUAUGGAGUUAUGACUUCUACAGUGGAGAGUUUGUAGUUUCACCUGAGCCUGACACAGCUGUCAUCAAGCUGGAUCUAAAACGGCACCGCUACAUCAUCCUGGGUAGUGAUGGCCUCUGGAACAUGGUUUCACCACAAGAAGCAGUAUCCAUGUGUCAGGAGACUGAUAGGGCCAAGACUAAGUGCCAUAAGACGAGGGAAAACGUUUGUAGUGCUCAGGAGCUGGUGAACCAGGCCCUUCAGAGAUGGAGUCAGCGCCUGCUUCGUGCUGACAACACCAGCACUAUAGUCAUUUCAUUGGAAGAAGUAGGGACCUUUUCUGAACCUUUGCCCCCGUAUGAAGUUGUGUACAACCUACAGGGAGCAAAGUCAUGCUCUUCAACAGAAUCUUCAUCCAGCACAUCACACAUCCAGGAUGCAGAUGUGUCUUCUUCCAGGUGUGAACUGGAAUCGUCAGGCCAACAAAAUGCAGACAGCGGGACGAGAGGUUCUAAAUUAUCAAAGUCUAACUUUCCUAGCAAAGAUGAAAAUGAUGAGAGCUUGAACAGUGGCAAGAAUAGUGAUAUUGUGCCCACUGGCAAACGAGUGCUGGAGGAUCUCUCCCUCCCUGCAGGAAAGAGGGCACGUCGUAGUCUCCCUCACAGCCACGCUUCCUCGUGUACUACCCGUCGAAGGUACAGCGAGCGUCCGUCGCUAAGACGCGGGAGCAAAAAUCAAAAGCAGUCCAGCAAAGUACAAGGUCUAUUACAAGAGCAUGGAAAUGCUACUGUAUGCGUUUGCUAAUGUUUGUCUUGCACGUGAUGUAUAUAUUUUUUAAUGCACUCUUUCGCUUUUCACAUGUUGGAUGGUUACAAACUCUGAUUAACUUCUUAUAAGCUACUGAGAAACCAGGCUCUAAAGUUAGAAGGUAAAAACUUAAGAAUGAUGGAAUUUUUUAAGAGGAAAGCAGGCAUGACAAUGCAAUAUGGUGUUCUGCUUUUCAUCUGGUAUAUCGUGGCAAACCUGUUGUUUCACUUUUUUCUGGGUCAUGUAAAAUGCCCCAAAUUUUCCAUAGUCAACUUCUCUAUAUUGUUCAUGUUCAAUCUUGUAAUGCUGCAGUAAUAUCACCUACACAUUUUUGGCCUUGUAUGUACUUGGGGCUCGGACACUUUAUGUUGAAGAAUUCCUGCUGUCUUCCGUUCAUCGCAGUGGAAGGAUCGUGUGAAAAUUUCAACAGAAGAAUGCAUAUCUUCCGGGAAGAUAUUUCUCCUCGCAGGCGACAUGUACAUAUUCCAAAGAACAAUUUUAAAAAUGACAAUUUACUUUGAGCCAGUCAAUGUAUUUUUAUACGCUUUGUUUUACAGAACAAAGAAGGCACACACUUUCUACUAGCAUGGUAUCUUAAUCUCCUGUCACUAUGUAUGAUCUUACCUCGUCAAACAAGCAAGAAAUAUAUACAGGUCAAAGUCGAAGUUUUAAAUACAUAUUCGCAUUAUCCCGAAUCUCAUUUACAGAUAAUUGUUUAUUAGUUUUUAAUGUUUUUUAUUUCUUAUCUGUGAGAACUUUGUGCAACUUAAGGUGCUGCUAUGUUUAACAAGGUAAAUAAAAAAUAAUAAAGUAAAUUACAAAUGUGUUGACUUGCCACCGAAUGUCUUGUGGUAUAUAAGUAGAACAGGAUCUCCACAAAAGAAUAUCAUUAGCAGAGCUGCAAUUUUCAGGAUAUAACUCACUAGCUAACAUUAGUCUCAUUAGCUAGCUCACUAUUAUUACCUGCUAGCUAAUAUAGCUAUCGUUUGCUGCUGAAACUUGCCGUCUACUCAUGUAAAGUAGCUCUACUGCUAGCUGUGACCUCUAGCUAAUAUAUCUGUUAUUAGCUGUCUAACUAUUGUCACAGUUAUAAAAAGUGAUAAAAAAUGUCUGUGCAUGAAGUGCUGAAAAGCCUUUAAUGGACACUUCUGAGUUAUGUUUUGAAGUGAACUGGCGGACAUACCGAGAUUCUAAUUGUGCCGAUAUAUCCAACUAUAAAUAUAUUAGAUCCAACUAUAACUAUACCUAUAAAUCUAGGUUAAAGAAGUACAUUAUGUAAACACCAGAAACUAGUACUGGCAUGCCUAUAGUUUAGCUCUUAGUCCGAACAUGUUUAUAUGCCACUACAUUCAUGUUUGCCUGUGGAUAUUAUGAAUUCUAACAGUAAUUAAAGUUAACACAUAUCAUAUUGAAUACAGUAGACUUCAGUUUUUUCCCCACAUCUUCUGUUAUUUACUAACUCUUGUAUUGCCUGCUCUGUAUUUGUUUAUUCCACCAAAGAAAUUGGUGUGUCUAUGGAUUAUGAAACUCCCUGAAGCACAGAGGUCAUUUUAAUGGAGCAAGUCAAGACUAGUGACAUUUGGCAUAAUCAUUAACCCUGAUUGAUUUAUUGAUUGAUUGAUUGAUUGUUUUUGUGUGUAUGUGGCUAUUUUGUAACAACUGUAUUGUUCACUUCAUUGCAUCUCUGUUAUAUUAACACUGGUGCUUUAAUGUAGUUUAUUUUUAAAUAUUAAAAAUGGAGCUACCGUC